AUGCCUUCCCCUAUCGUCGCUGCUACCCUUCAGGCUGCGGCCCUUUCGAGCGCUUCCAAUGUGUUGGCCCAGCUCAUUGAGGCGCGUCAGCAGAACCGUCCUGUAACUCUGGAUCUCCUGCCUCUUCUCCGCUUCGUCACCCUCACAUUGAUCACUGCCCCUCCCAACUAUCACUGGCAGCAGUUCCUGGAGCGCACCUUUCCGGCGUAUCCGUCCGUGCGCCCACAGGAGCGUAUCGGUGAUAUUGAGAUGACGCCUGCUGAGGAUGCGCCCGAGCUCAAGGAGGGCUAUGAAGAGCGCAUGGCUGAGGUCAACCGAGACCGGGAGCCUAAGUUUAGCAUGAAGAAUACCUUGACAAAGUGGUUUGUUGACUGUAUCUCUGCCGGUGCUAUUAUGAACACGGUCGCUUUCCUCAUCAUCAUGGGCGUUCUCAAGGGUCAGGCCUCAUCUCAGAUCUGGAGCAACAUCAAGAAGGAAACAAUCCCCAUCAUUGUUGCCGGUUACAAGAUCUGGCCAAUCGCCUCUAUCAUCAGCUUUAGUUUCAUUCCCGUCCACCGGCGGAUCGUGUUUUUGAGUUUCAUUGGUCUGCUGUGGGGUAUCUACAUGAGUCUGGUGGCUUCCAGAGUGUAG